UAAGUAUCAACACGUCCAACAGCUGCAGACUGUUUGUGUGAGCUGCAGAGAGAGAGAGGGAGAUUUAAGUCAUGGCUGAUUUUCCUUCCCAGAUUCAUUUUCCUUCCAAGAGUCUCCUUCAAAGUGAAUCUCUUACGAAGUACAUCUUAGAAACGAGUGCGUAUCCAAGAGAGCACCAGCAGCUUAAAGAGAUACGAGAAGCCACACUAAAGAAAUAUGCCUGCUUAAGCGUGCAAAAUGUGCCUGCCGAUGAAGCACAGUUCUUGUAUAUGCUCAUGAAAAUAAUGAAUCCAAAGAGGACAUUGGAAAUAGGCGUUUUUACAGGCUAUUCUCUCCUUGCUACUGCACUUGCAUUGCCUGACGAUGGAAAGAUAACAGCAAUUGACGUGGAUAGCGAAGCAUAUAAAAUCGGGUUGCCAUUCAUUAAGAAGGCUGGCGUGGAGCAUAAGAUCAACUUCAUUCAAUCGGAUGCCAUUUCAGCUCUAGAUAAAAUGCUGUGUAAUAAUGGUGAUAAGGGAGAGAGGGAGUUCGACUUUGUGUUUGUGGACGCUGCGAAGUCAAGCUACAUGGAAUUCCACGAGCACGUAAUCAAACUGGUGAAGAUUGGAGGGAUCAUUGCAUACGAUAACACGCUUUGGUUUGGCUCAGUUGUGUGGGAGGAAGAGCACGUGCCUGAGUUUCUUAAGACUGAUAGAAAGCCCUUGAUGGAGUUCAAUACCUUCUUAGCUUCCGAUCCCCGUGUCGAGAUCUCCCAACUUUCCAUUGGCGACGGCCUCACAUUAUGCCGACGUCUUUCCUAACUGCUUUUCUUUUUUCAGCUCAACACUCAAUCUAGGCUACAGACUGAAGGUAAACUCUCUCUCAAUUUAUGUCCUUCACCCGCGACUCACAAGGUUAAAAUUGAGAUUUGCAGCAUGAAAUUUUCAAGUUCUAGUUAUUGGAUGAUGUCCCAUAAGGGACCUUUUUUUUUUUUUUUUUUUUUUCA